ACGAUUGUUUACGUUUGUGGCCACCAGUUGAGGCUUGUCGGGCCAGCGAGCACCACCACCACUACCAGCACCACCACCACUACCAGCACCCAGAUGAGCAAACAAAUGGCCAAGCAGUUCCCCAUGGCUGGGUUAUGUGAGCAGUUCCCAGUGGCUGGGUCGUGUGAGCAGGUGCAGGUACUGACUGACCAGGUUAUUACUGCAAGAGGAAGGAUACUUGAACCCGGAACAAAAAUAUUCACAACAACAGCCCCUCUGAUAAGAGGAGGGAGGUUGUACAUACAUGAACUACUUAAGAAGUCCAUGCCACCUGGUUAUGUUCCCUAUAAACCAGGACAGACUACAAAAAUCUAUAUUCUUCCUCCAACUGAUAAACCUGUAAUUUUACCAUUAAGCCAAGACCUGCAUGAGACAUCUUCUCACCACCCUACUUCUGCUGCAACACCUGCACCAGUAGGAUGGGGCAGUAUAGGUGCCUCUUCACACCACCCUACCUCUGCUGCAACACCUGCACCUGUAGGGUGUGGCAGUAUAGGUGCCUCUUCACACCACCCUACCUCUGCUGCAACACCUGCACCUGUAGGAUGGGGCAGUAUAGGUGCCUCUUCAUACCACCCUACCUCUGCUGCAACACCUGCACCUGUAGGAUGGGGCAGUAUAGGUGCCUCUUCACACCACUCUACCUCUGCUGCAACACCUGCACCUGUAGGAUGGGGCAGUAUAGGUGCCUCUUCACACCACCCUACCUCUGCUGCAACACCUGCACCUGUAGGGUGUGGCAGUAUAGGUGCCUCUUCACACCACCCUACCUCUGCUGCAACACCUGCACCUGUAGGGUGUGGCAGUAUAGGUGCCUCUUCACACCACCCUACCUCUGCUGCAACACCUGCACCUGUAGGGUGUGGCAGUAUAGGUGCUGCUUCACAGUUCACCAAAAAUAUUUCUCAAGCAGAGAUGCUGCCAUCAGACAAAGGUACUCUUGGUGGUUGUUUAGAUGUAACAUUCGAGAGAAAUGCAAUUGAUAGUAUACCACCACCAACUAUUUUAAAUAAAAAGAAGAGGAAAAGGAGAAGAAAAAAGAAGCCCUUUAUUGAGAAGACCUCUACAAAUUUGAACACUCAGGGAAAAUCCGAAGACAUAUGUAACAAAAAAACGGAAUCAAAAGAUUUAAAAGGAAGGAACAAGAGUACAAAGACAGUGCAUACAGACUUUUUGACUACAAAAUCAUCCCCUGAAGUAAUUGAUGUAAGUGAUAGCAAUAGUGAUGAUCUAGAUGUAUUAUUGGUCUCUGCCACAGUUUCCUCACCCCAAGGCAACUGUUCGGGAACUUGUAGGGUGGAUAAAAAUGGCGUCGAGUCUAAGAGAGGCUCUUGUUCCACACCACAUGGAGUGCACGUAGAUGAAUCGAAAAUAAAUGUAAAAAGAUGUUUUCCAUUGAGUACUUUACAUAACAAUGCUAGUAAAGAGACAAAAGCCGGCACAAAGUCUGAGAAUUGUGACAAGUUGAGUACAUCGGUACCUUCCCUCCUGCAAGAAAUAUCUCUCGAUGCGCGGUCAGGAGUGCACACAAGUGAAUUAAAUGUAAAUGGGAAAAGAAAUUUUCCAUUCAAUACUUUAGAUGACUGUACUAGUAAAAAGACAAAAGCAGACAUGCAAAGUGAAGACUUGAAUACGAUGAAAGCAAUGGCACCUUCCCUCCCGCAAGAAAUAUCUCCCUGCACUGAAGCUGAAGUCUCGCCCCUUUUUGAACUACUUCCUAAAACAAGUAAAAAGGUGCUGCAGUCUCUGUUUGGUGGAACGACAGUGGAGAUCUGGGAGGUGAUGCUAAAGAACAGCUUUAAUCUUCUUACCACAGUACAGGAGCUUCAGGUCCUCUUCCUAGGAGCUGAGCACACACUGUGCACUGAUGAUAUGCAAAAUUUUACCUCAGAAUGGAAGGUAAGUCUCUACCUUAGGAUUAAGUAAUGUUUGUGUACCUCUGAAUAAGGACUAGAGCUAGACUAUACUGUUGUGUUAUUAUAGUGUACAUGCUACGUGUACUCUAUAGUUGAUCUAGCUUAACACUUUCGCGCUCACGGCGUUCAAAAAAAAAUCAUACCCUAUGCGCUUUCGGCGGUUCGCGCGCCUUCACGGUAAGACCGAAAAAGUGUACACUCUUUUGACUGUCCUGACAAUAAUUGAAGGCGCACGUAUU